AUGGCGGAUGUUGUAACARAACUUGAGAAACUCGUGCAAAUUCCCUCUUUUGAUCCUGAGACUGAAACUACUUUUGCUUUUGAUGGAUGUGGGAUACAAUCGCAAGUUCUGGCUUCUUCGAUAUUCGAAGCAGCAGUUAAAGUUGGUCAUUUUUUUAAAGCUUUGAAUGUCCUUGAUGUAGAAGAUUUCGACUCGUUGUCGAUUCGAAACCUAACCACAAAUUGUUGUCACAGAUAUCGCUUUGGUUGCCUAAAUGGUUCUGUUAUUCCUGAACUUUUGAAUAUUGAAUGCCUGGGAUUAUAUGUUGACAGAGAUGACGAGGCAGACGGAAUGGAAACAGAAUUGAGUCAUGUUGUAGCAGAUGACGCCUUGGCGGGUGAUUUGAUCGAUCAAACUUUAAGGAGGUUUUUCGGAUUUCAAUCCUUCAGGCCAUUACAAAAGGAGACUAUUACAAGCAUCCUAAAUGGACAAAAUGUACUGACAAUAGUUGAGACUGGAGGAGGAAAAUCAUUAAUGUUCAUGCUUCCAUCAGUGAUAUCUUCAAAGCCAACUCUUGUUGUCUCCCCGAUCAAGUCUUUGAUAGAAGACCUUCUCGUACGUUGUAAGGAGGUGGACAUAAAGGCCUGUAAAUUUACUGGUGACGUUCCAAAAGAAGAAUUGGAAGAGAACAUUAAAUGUAUACACUCAUAUCAAGUCGUUUUCUGUGUUCCCGAAAUUUUAAAUGAAGGAAAACUUCUAGAACUCAUACAAAAGGACGAGGUGUUUGAACGUGUGGUCUUUGAUGAAGCACACACCAUAAUAACUUGGGGCGAAAGCUUUCGUCCUAUCUACAAGGAAGUUGCCCAAAAACUAUCUUUUUUAUCAUGCCCUAAACUUUUAUUGAGUGCAACAAUUCCAUUUAAAGUUCAGAUGGCUUUGAAAAAAAUCUUUGGUAAUUUUGAAGUGAAAAGAACCACCCUUUAUAGAAGUAAUUUAAAGCUGGAAGUGKUUGAGCGACCGUCAAAGUUUUAUGAUGAYUUAUCUGCAUUCAUUACAGAAAGAGAAGGUCRAURCGGGAUUGUUUAMUGUGUACUUGCUCAAGAUGUUUCUAAAGUUCACGAGGAACUUACCAAGCGGAAUGUAUCUGUUGUUAAAUACCAUGGRCAGUUAUCAGACCAAGUAAAAGCAAAUAGUCAUAGUAAAUGGAUGCUCAAYGAAGUGAAUGUUAUUGUUGCAAAUUCAUCUUUUGGUAUGGGCAUAGACAAGCAAGAUGUGCGUUUUGUGGUCCAUGCAAAAAUUMCUACAAGUGUAGAUGAGUAUUUUCAACAAUGUGRCCGGGCUGGCAGAGAUGGACAGCCUGCAUGUUGUAGGUUAUACUUGCACUACCCAGACAAACUGUCUCUUUACAAACUGUUUGACAAACAGCAAGAUGUUUUCAAAUCGCAAUGUGAAGCUCUCAAUGAUUUGAUCUGCAUGCUUGGAAAUCCUGUCCACUGCAGACACAAGGAAAUAAUGUCUUACUUUGAUAAUGAUGAUGAAGAAUUGUAUGAAGGCACUGCAAAGUCCAUGGAAGGAGUCCUUGCAGAAGAGUGCUACAGGCAGUGCAAGGAGGAAGGAGCAGACAUUGCAAUUGUAUGGCAGGAUUCCGAUUCGAGCUCCAAAAACUCUGUAGAAGAAGUUUUGGGGACCAAUCCACAACGAGUAUUCAAGUGUGGGGGUCAUGUAGGACGUGCACAUGCAAACAACUUGAACGACUGUGCAAAAAUGAAACAGUUUUCAGCCACUCUA